AUGGAGGGCGUUGUUGCCGAAUGGGACGUUGAAAAGCGUUGUGGCAAGAUCAAACAGCAUCGCUUCGACAAGAAGUGGUUCUUCGUCCACUACAAGGCUAUCAUGGAUGGAGACACAUUGAACCCCGACCCCGGCUCCAUCGUUACGUUCUCCACAAAGGCAGUGCGGAACAAAGGGUACGGCUCUCAAGUGCAAGCCAGUGAGGUGCAUGGUGGCUUUUGGAGCAAAAGCCGAGGCCAUCUCGCGAAGUUGGGUUUCGAUGCUGGGGUGCAGUCUCCUCUUGUGGCCCAGUUAAUCGCCCGCGAGUUUGCAGAUUCCGCCACAGUUUGUCUGACACGAAGCGGCCCUGUAGGAGGCUACUCGAAGUUGAAGGAUGGCACUGCAGUGGCCCUCCAGCUGCCCAUCUACACUCCGAAGCCUCCAGGUUACAAGCUCGAAAAGGAUGAGUGGGAGGCAUCCGUGUCCGGACCUGAUGCUGGGAUAUACGAGAGGCUUUCUCAGAUUUUGGACCCAUCGGAAUUUCAGCAUGUGGAGUGCUUGACAGAUCGCAACAACCUUAUGAAGCUGUUGACCUUCUUGGAUUAUGAACGCCACAUCACCGAUGACAGGUUCGUGUUCAAGAUAGAUGCCCAUUACAAGCACGGCAUGCUUGCACUCGAACGAGUUGACCUGAGUGACCCACAGACAGGCAUGCCGAUCAAUCACGUCCUGUCCUAUGGCUUUGCAUACGAGCGUGAAAUCACCACUCCAAGCUUGCAGGCCGAGAAGCACGUGGUGAUACAGAAGAUUGGCCUGCAGGGCCUGCAGUUGCUGGUUCGCUGCGAGGUCGAUGCUUCAGCUGCCCCUGACAUGCAGGAGCUGAUGGAGAUCAAAACCGGCAAUGUCAAUUAUCGCGAUGCUUGGUAUGGAUGGAAGAAGGCAGCCAUUCAAAUGCAUUUGGGCGGUUCCGCAAAGCUGGUCAUGGGAUGGCACAACAAAGGUGAGGUCCGGCGUGAGGAUGUUCUGUCUUUUGAGGACGUGCAGUCGAAGGCGGAGAAUUACGACAAGAAAUUCGGAGCACUGGCGAACUUGCUGCGACGAAUUCGUGAGAUCAGCAAGAUGUGUGAAGCACUCGAGCUGAUUUACUCUCCGCCCGAAAGAGGAGAGCUGGGCAGCGAGGCCGAGCUUUUCGUCUAUGGAAACCUUCGCUGGGAGUUCUUGCCCUCCAGUGGUUCCAACUAUGUUCGGCUAUUCUGA